UGGUGGCUCGCUGCUGGCUGCUGGAAAGUUUGUGCUAUUUAGAUCCCCCGAUUAAUAGAUAAUUAUUGUACUACGAGGAAAUCGAACGCUUAGCCCGCAACGAUGUCUCCACCGGGCAACGGAAUCUUCGUCGUCCGAGGGGAAAUGUCCACCCUGACGACGGCAAUGCGUCGUGGCUCACGGUGGAGCUCCAAUUCCUAUCAGGACGACGAGAAAGAUGGUCUACUGAAGAAUUUUCACGAACUGAAGGAGAAACUUCUGCAGGUGGAAGAUUUACGGUUGGUUGAACCGGGAGUGUUCCUUGGUCCCUUCCUGGAGGUGAUCCGAUCGGAAGAAACGACCGGUCCCGUUACGAGCCUAGCCCUUUCGGCAGUCAAUAAAUUCCUAUCGUACGGAUUGAUUGACCCAACCCAUUCGACGUUGGCUUCCACGGUGGAAAGCAUUGCCGAUGCAGUGACCCAUGCACGAUUCGUGGGCACAGACCAAACUUCGGAUGGCGUCGUUCUGAUGAAGAUUGUACAAGUGCUGCGGACGCUGGUUCUGAGUCCGGAAGGGAGCGCUUUGUCGAACGAAAGCGUCUGCGACAUCAUUUUAAGUUGCUUCCGGCUAUGUUUCGAACCUCGGUUGAACGAACUGGUCCGGAAGACAGCGGAAAAUGCACUGAAGGACAUUGUACUGUUGCUGUUCAUGAGGCUGCCACAGUUUGUCGAGGGAGGAAAUUUUCAUCUCAAAUCACUGAAGAUGCGGUCCAGCUCAAUGGAUCAGUCCAGUAAAAAGCGGAAGAGUAGCAGGAAUGAGUUGAAACCCAUUUCUGCGGCCACACUCAAAAUUGUGACGGAUGAAAGUGGUAGCCAGGAACCGGAACCAACAACACCGGUGGUCAGUAAUGCUCCGAAAGGCUUGAAACCACCCCCUUUGGCUACGACACCGGCCACCCCAGCUGGAGUCAUCGUAGAUAUGCAAGGUUCCAUCUCGCAAACUCCAAAAAGCAGUCUGGAGCCAACACAGGAAACUAUCCAGGAAGAAACGGAUACUCAAGCGCAGCCGGAAUCGCUUACUGAAACUGCUCAAAACGAAUCCGAAGAGCUGCCCGCUGAUUCGUUUGUCAAUUCCGUGGGAAUUCGGUUCACUCACCAGCAAGAAGAGGAAAUUGCUGGUCCUACGCCUCAUCUUCCCUACGGGUUGCCGUGCAUUCGGGAGCUUUUCCGGUUCCUGAUUUCCCUUUGCAACCCGAUAGACAAACAGAACACCGACGUAAUGAUUCACAUGGGCCUAACGCUCCUCACCGUGACAUUCGAGGUCGGGGCGGACAGCAUCGGGAAAUACGAUUCCCUUCUGGCCAUUGUGAAGGACGAUCUGUGCAAGAAUCUGUUUUCCCUGCUAGCAACGGAACGUAUUUCGAUCUUCGCCGCUGACCUGCAGCUGUGUUUCCUGAUGUUUGAAUCGCUGCGAUCCCAGCUGAAGUUCCAGUUGGAGUACUAUCUGACCAAGCUGGCGGAUCUGAUCGUGAACGAAAACCCGCGCAUCCUGUACGAAGCACGCGAACUUGCGCUGGACAACUUGCUUCAGCUGUUCCGAAUUCCCGGUUUCGCAGCCGAACUCUACAUCAACUACGAUUGCGAUCUGUACUGCACCAACCUGUUCGAGGACCUAACGAAGCUGAUGUCCAAGAAUACGCUCUCGGCGACGCAUUCGAUCUACAGCGUGCACACGCUGUCGAUGGAUGCUCUGCUGACGAUUAUCGGCUCGAUCGAGCAGAACUGCAUCCACGCGAAGAACGGCGAACAGACGACGUACAUGCGGCACUCGCGGAACAAUUCCAGCGUCGAGAGGAUCGUGCUGGACGUGACGGAGUCGGCGCUGGAUCAGAGCGGAACCAGCCAACAGCAAGACCGCGACGUCAGCGACGUUGCCGUGGAGUCCAUCAACAAGUACUUGAAGUCUAGUCAGAACGAAGAUCGCCUCCGGCAGAUUGUCAGCCAGGAAGCGGCCGCCGAUGGUACGGCCCUGAGCCACGAGGAACUGGCCGCCAUCAAGAAGAAGAAACGACUGCUCACGCAAGGAACGGACCUGUUCAAUCAACGACCGGAGAAAGGUAUCCUUUUCCUGCAGGAGAAUGCCAUUCUCAGUAGCACGUUGGAUCCGCUGGAGAUUGCCCACUUUCUGCGGGAAAACUCCGGACUGGAUAAGAAGAUGAUCGGUGAGUAUAUCAGCAAGAAGAAGAACGUCGAGAGCAAAAUCCUGGAAGUGUUUGUGAAAUCGUUCGACUUUGCUGGGUUGACGAUCGAUCAGGCACUUCGGUUGUAUCUGGAAACGUUCAGACUGCCCGGUGAGGCUCCGCUGAUUUUCCUGGUGAUGGAACACUUUGCCGAUCAUUGGCAUACAUGCAACAACGAACCAUUCGCGAAUACGGAUGCCGCUUUCCGGUUGGCUUACGCGGUCAUCAUGCUGAACAUGGACCAGCACAAUCACAAUGCGAAGCGUUUGAAUGUCCCGAUGACGGUGGAGGAGUUUGUCAAGAAUCUGAGAGGACUGAACGGUAACUCCGACUUCGAUCAGGAUAUGCUGGCCAACGUUUACCAUGCGAUCAAGAACGAGGAAAUCGUAAUGCCAGCGGAACAGACCGGCCUCCUGCGGGAGAACUACCUGUGGAAGGUCCUGCUGCGUCGUGGAACAACCAAGGACGGCAUGUUCCAUCACGUGUUCGGUCCCAAUCACGAUCGUGAACUGUUCCGGAUCAUUCAGGGAUCGACACUGGCUGCGCUCAGUUUCAUCUUCGAUAAGAGCCCGGACAACACCCAACUGUACCAGAAGUCCAUGAAUGGAUUCAUCAAGUCGGCCGUUGUCGCGUCACACUACAGCUUGCAUGGCGACUUUGAUGCUCUGGUUUUGACGUUGUGCAAAUUUACCAGCCUGCUGAAUCCUCCGGCCGAUGUGCACGAAAUCACGGCCAAUGUGAUGUUUGGUCAGAACUCGAAAGCGCAGCUUGCUAUGAAGACAGUAUUUGCGUUGAUUCACGACCACGGCGACUGCAUGCGGGAAGGCUGGAAGCACAUUGUCGAUGUGGUGUUACAGCUGUUCCGGUUGAAGCUACUGCCGAAGGGUUUGAUGGAAGCGGAAGACUUUUGCGAACCUAGCGGAAAGGUUACUCUGAUGCGUGAACAGUAUCAACUACCGAAGACGGACGCCGGUCUACUGAGUAGUUUGUAUUCGUACUUGAGCAAUGAUAGCCAGCGGCAACCAUCGUACGAGGAGCAGGAGAUCAUCAAGAUAUCUAAACGUUGCAUCAAAGAAUGUCAAAUCGAUCAGAUUGUGAAUGAAUCCAAGUUCUUGCAGUUUGAAUCUCUGGUAGAGCUGGUCAACUGCCUACUCGGAAUGAUCAAACCACCCGAGAGCUACAAAUCCGUAGGGCUACCAUAUGCAGAGAAUACCGUAGUGUUCCUAAUGGAGCUGCUCGUCAAGAUCCUCAUACAGAACAGAGAUCGUCUGCUUCCGGCUUGGAAAAGCUGUCAGGAUCAGCUAUAUCUACUGCUAUCCGGGUCAGCUUCAUGCGAUUACACCUACCUGCUGCAAAGAACUACCAUUGCCCUGUUGAAAUUGGCCAUCUAUCUGAUGCGUAAUGAAGAAAUCUGCUCCACGAUUCUCCAGAGUCUUCGGAUGCUACUGAUGCUCAAGCCGGCAGUCAUCCUUUCGAUUUCCAAACCCAUUUCGAUCGGUAUGUACGAACUGCUGAAAACCAGUGCUCAGAACAUUCACACCGAAGCCGAUUGGAUUAUCGUGUUCACGAUACUGGAAUGCGUCGGAGCGGGCGCUGUGCCUCCGGAGUACGAAGAAGCGCCAGUUGUCUCGGGAGCCAAAUCCGAUGGGGCUCUCAGUAGCGAGGAAGAUUCCGGACUACCGGAUCGUGGCUACAUCUCCGACUCGGAGCUGAACGUCGUCAAGAGUGGACAUUCGUCAAAUUCCUGCACACCGCUGAUCAGUCCCACUGGAGACAAUUGGAUCCUGGUGAAUAAGGAUGCCGACAUUGUAUCGUCGCGGUCGUCCUCUCCAAAGCACACCAUCCAAUACCGAUGUAAACUGCUGGAGCAUUCGCCUUUCGCGCUGGUCAAAUGCUGGGAGAGUCUGGCGUUCAUCGUUCGAAACGUAUCCCACAUAACUCCGUACAACUUCGAGAGUUGCGUUCGCUGUAUUCGAACUUUCGUGGAAGCCUCGAUGAACGACGGAAAGGAGAACCGACGCCGGCAGCGACGGAAUGGAGAUGAAGGUGGUAAGAAUUCCCGCAACCGUAAUCGCAAAAACGACAGCAGUGAUAGCGACUCGGAAGAACUGCCCGAAGCGUACCAGUCGAUAUCGAUUCAGUUGCUGGAUUUGAUGCAUACGUUGCACACGAGGACGGCAAAGAUCUUCCGCUGGUGGGCCGAAGAAGGGGGUGCUCUGCCGCAGUGUUCCGCUUUGUGGUCCCAAGGGUGGUGUCCACUGUUGCAGGGCAUUGCCCGAUUGGCCACCGAUCAACGAAGACAGGUCAGGACGAGUGCUAUAACUUGCCUGCAACGAUCGCUACUGGUGCAGGACCUGCAAACCCUCACCGGCUUGGAGUGGGCUGGGUGCUUCAAACAGGUGCUCUUCCCGCUCCUCUCGGAGCUACUGGCAGAAAAGCCCAUCAAACCGGCCGAAGCCGGUUUGCUGGAAGAAUCGCGCAUGCGAACGGCAACCAUCAUGUCCAAGGUGUUCCUGCAUCACCUGACGCCGCUGAUUGCCCUGCCCGGGUUCAACGAGCUGUGGCUGGAAAUACUGGACUACUUCGAGCGGUUCAUGAAGAUCGGUUCGGACAUGCUGUACGAAGCGGUGUUGGAGAGCCUGAAGAACAUGCUGCUGGUGAUGCAUUCGGUAUGCAUAUUUCACAACAGUGACGGAGUGACACAUUCAGUUCUGUGGGACGUGACAUGGCAACGAAUUUCCGGUUUCCUACCCAACCUGAAGGACGAACUGUUCAAACCCGACGCCCAUACACCUCAAGUCAAUGCGGUCGCUCCACCACAAUCUCCAGUCCCAGCAUCUCCCGAGCCGGCUCCAGUCCUUCAACCGCAACCAAGUAUUAUUCUACAUCCUUCACCGGUGCCACCAACGACCGGAUCACCAAUCGUAGACCAAGCUCGGCUUCCGAUGGCAAUGUCCACUAACCUUCUGAUGAGCAAUACCGUCAAUCCAGCUCCACAAAUACCCCUUCAAACACCGAUUCUGGUACCCCAGGCGGAUCCUGCCCCGUCACCACCGACAGUUCCAUCCCAACAAUCCAGUCAGGAGAACAGUCCACUGAACAAGAACCGCUACUCGAACAUCAUCGAACUACCGGUUACUCCGUCGCCCCCGCCCUGUCCAAUGGAACAGCAGCUAAAUCUUCCCGCUGCCGAACCGGAAGCGACGAAGCCAAUCAUCACGGAACAUGCGACUGUUCCACUGAGUCAUCUCAUGGCCGGUAAUCAGUAUCCAUCGUUGCACAACGUCCCCGUCGGAAUUGCCCAAAGCUUCGCUCCGAUGUUUGUCCAACCAACCUCGGCGCCCGCCGACGGAACCGACAUCUACAAUGACUACGUCAACGAUCCCUACAAUCUGACCCUGCAAAUCGAUCAAACGGCAAACCCGGCAGCUGGCGUUGGCCAACAGCCUCAGCUCCAGGAAUCCCAGCAGCACCAGCAGCAACCGCAGAAUGUGUUCCAAUCGGCCAACUACUUUGGCUCGUUCCAAUUUGGCCCCGGUCGGAUACCACCAGACUCACCUAGCAUCAUCAGAACGGAAACGGACAAUGAAUACUAAAAAAAAAACUAGGGC